UCUGCAAUGCCUGGGAAAUUCAGAGAGCAGCCAAGUUCCAGUAUGGCUUCGAAUCGUGCUGAUUGUUCAUCAAAGGAGAGACUGAAAUGGACUCAAGAGCUUCAUGAUCUGUUUGAGAAGGCAGUUAGUCAGCUCGGAGGUCCGGAAAGAGCAACACCAAAAGGAAUUUUGAAGGUUAUGGGGAUUCCUGGUCUAACAAUCUUCCAUGUGAAAAGCCACCUACAGAAAUACCGUAUGUCAAAAUUUGUACGUGAAGACCCUGAAAUUGGCAAGUUUGAAAGGAGAAGCAUAUCAGAAAUUUUGCCAAACUUCAGUGUUACAGCGGGCGCUCAACUUAAUGAAGCAUUACAAAUGCAUAUGGAUGCACACAAACGAUUAAGUGAUCAUCUUGAGGUUCAAAGAAACUUGAAGAUAAAACUUGAAGCACAAGGAAGAUUUCUAGAGCGAAUAAUGGAAGAACAAAAAGUUUGUGCUUCAGGUUCUAGACCUAGCUGCAAGUCUUAUUUGUAUUCACCCUUGUCGUUACCAUCCCUAUGCGAGGAAUCUGAAUCAAACGUUAAGGAACUCGAGGUUGAAUAUGAUUUCGAGUUUGAUAUAUCUGGUUGUCAAUUACCACGAAAAAGGAUUCGAUUCGAGGAAGACGAUGGAUUAUUAAAUCAUCGAUACAAUAGUACUAAUAAUGUUACAUAUUCACCACAAGAAUUAGAAUGGACUACUCUUGCAAAUCACCAGUCAUCACCAUAUGAUUUGCAUGCUUUAUAUGAUUAUCUUAUUUAA